UCAAUGGCGCUGCCCAUGCAGUCAGAGACUCUAUAAUUGAACAGAUACAAAGAUGCGUCCUUUAUCUACCUCUAUGGUCCUCGCCUUCUUUUGAUUGGCAAGUUGUUUGUUUCACUGUUACCAGCUGCUGGACUAUUCCAAUCCCUGUCGGAGAGAAAACACGCGGACCGAUAGUCCUUCUCAAUUUUCUUCCUCCCAGUUUACCUCAUUGUGCUUUCUUUUAUUUCACCCUGCUUCUAUCUUUUGCUCUCUUUUACCCUUUUCCUAAGUGGUUAACUUUUCCUUCUCCCUCCCUUGCUUUCUGCUCAGUUUCACGGUUUUUAUAAACUCUACCUAUAUAGCGUAAGGUAUUUUUAUUAGAAAGGAUAUACAUUUCUAUAUAUAUUUUUUAAUGUUCCUCAAAUGAGAAGACGCAAAAGAUGGAGUUGCAUAUUUUAGAACACAGUUUAAAAGUAGCGAGUAUAGCAAAAGAGGGCAUUCAGAUUUGCACUCAUGGAUUAAUCAAACUCGCCUUCUUGCCCUCUAAAACAAGAUGCAAAUUUUUCAGUUUGACGGAAACUCCGGAGGACUAUACCAUUAUCGUCGACGAGGAAGGCUUCAAAGAACUGCCUGAGUCGGAGCACCUUAGUGUCGCCGAGGCCACGUGGUUGGCUCUCAACGUGGUGUUGGGGGGCGGGAGCACCACCAACUCUCAGCCAAUCGGAGUCACCAAAAUAGCCAAGUCUGUCAUCGCUCCCCUGGCAGACCACAACAUCUCUGUGUUUAUGCUGUCCACCUAUCAGACGGACUUCAUCCUGGUUCGAGAGCGGGACCUGCCCAUGGUCAUGCACACCCUGUCUUCUGAGUUCACCCUGAUGAGGGUGGUCAACGGAGAGACCGUGGCCGCCAACAGCCUGGGAAUCACCAAUGGCUUUGUCAAGCCUAAACUCGUGCCCCGUCCCAUUAUCCACCCUCUGUCCAGCCCCAGUAACAUGUUCUGUGUGACCAGCCUGGACCCGGACACACUGCCCUCUGUGGCCACCCUGCUCAUGGACGUCAUGUUCUACUCAGGCGGGAUAAAGGAGCCCGGGGCGUCUACCGAGGACACUGGACACAUCCGCUUCUUCUCUUUCUCUCUGAUUGAGGGCUACAUCUCUCUUGUCAUGGACGAGCAGACGACAAGGCGGUUUCCCAACAAUGUCCUCUUCACUAGUGCUUCAGGGGAGCUUUGGAAAAUGGUUCGCAUUGGAGGACAGCCUUUAGGAUUUGACGAGUGUGGUAUCGUGGCUCAAAUAUCGGAACCCCUGGCGACUGCUGACAUUCCAGCUUAUUACAUCAGUACCUUCAAGUUCGACCAUGCCCUGGUCCCAGAAGAAAACAUCCAGAGUGUGAUUGGAGCUUUGAGGACCAAUGAGAGCGCAGGACAGUGAAGGCGAGGUGGGAAGAGACCGUGGAACGAGCGAUUUAUCAUGUCAAAAAAAUAAAUAAGUGCCAAGACUGUGGUUCUGGGAAGAGGGUAAUGCAAAGCUUGAGUGGUGUAGAUGGGGGACGGGGGAGGGACAGUGUAUGUGUGUGUGUAUAGGCAUGCUUUUGUACAACGACCAUCAACGUGUCCCUCCCAUUCUGAGACGGUUCCAACUACGCUCCAAACCCCACCUGCCACCCCCUUGAGCAUCCACUCUUACCCCAAACAACAUCCACCUCUUUGGGGACCCAAAGCUAGAGUGACUGCAGUGUUUUUUCUUUUCUCUCGCUCUCCUAUUUCCUUCUCCUCCCCCUCAGACCAUUUCACCAUGGCAACGUGACCUACCGAAUUUGGGCCUAUUUCUUGGACACCAGCCUGAGAUGCUGCCAAGCAGCCCUCCUUUUACUCUUCAUGUGCCACCCAUGCGGUCCAUGACUGCCUAUAGUGAUAGGUGUUGCUUUAGUAUACCAGACUUUACUUCCUAACUUUACAUAGUUUUUCCAAGCUGCUCUUUCCAUAACAAGCAUACUGUAUUAGUUACCAGUCCUCCUCUUAUGGAAAGAAAGAGAAUGUACUCUACAAACAAUUAUCAAUAUUUGUAUUUAUUUUUCUCAGUGCCAAGAGGUUUUAAAGACCCGAUUGCCUUGUCUAGUGCUCAGCAUGUGUGCAAUUUCAGAUCCGAUUUUGUCAGAUGGGGAAAUUAAAGACUGGUGAAUGUUUACUGAUGAAUCACAGAGCCACUGAUCUAUAGAACAUAUCAUAUAAACAACAGUCUAAUGUGCUAUAUAUAAGCCAAUUUUCAUGUAGUUUGGGUCGUUUCGGGAGAACUAGGUUAUCGUUUUGCGUCGAGUGCCACACAAUGCUUGACUACAAACCAGUCCUUUACCACAAACUAGAAGAAUAACUUCAACGCUAGGAAAGCAAGUGUGGAAGAGAAGUGGUGGGGGACUUUGCGGUCGUGGACUUUGUUUUUUUGCGGUCGUGGAUCAUUGAACCAGUCAUGCAACCCUGGUGUCAGUUUAGUCAUUCUCCCCCCCCUCCCCCACCCCGGUCUGCACUUUAAUACAGGUCCAUCUUACUGACCUGCUGUACUGAUGUGAAAACGGGGAAGACUAUUUUAUCCUUGAAGGAUUAUCUUGAGAAGUGGAGACUUUUGUUGGUCUUAAAGCAUUGGUGGGUAUUUUAUUCUCUGUGACAAGCAAAAGCAUUCUUCUGUUAGCUUUGAUUUGCAGAAACCAUGUAUUUAUCAGUGUUAAAAACAUAAAUGGUGACAUUUCUUCUGAUAAAAAAAGCUCUUUAUUUUCA